AUGUGUGAAUCUCCUCAACUGUGGUAUAUGACAUCGUACUAUGAUUGUACUGGUCGUGGUCGGCCAAGAGGUUAUUGUGUUGAACAUCUAGUACCACACAUUUCUUCGUCGCCUGAAAACAUUCCAUGUGAAAUAUCUGAAGAGACUUUUUUGACUGAAUCAUUCUGUGAACUUGUGCCACCAUCGGUUCCACUGUCCAGUGACGAUUAUGAAGAAGACGCAGAGCAGAUUCUCGAAACUCCAAUGGAAAUUUCCAAACCUGUGGUUGCAGAAAACAUUUCAGAACCGAAAAAAGUUCUCAAGAACAAAGAACGUCAUGACUUAGUAGUUGUCUCUCAACCUGUAGAAUUACCACUGAAAAGCAUAGCAAAACAACAAUUAUCAAUUGCUCUAGUACCAUGUGUACAGUUUCCUGAAUCAUAUCAUUCGUCCAGCGAAAUGACUGUGGAUUUUUGGCGUCGAUAUCAUACGAUACGUGUGUCGUUUUCUCAAAGGGAAAUCGGUCACUUCUCAACUGCUAAUCGUGCUGAUCGUAUUCGAUGCCGUGAAGAUCAUCGAUAUUUUAAAAAGUUAAUCUAUCCAUUAGAACAAAAAAAAGUUCAUUUUGAUCUUAACGUUGGCGCUGAAUAUCUCAUAAUAAAAGAACCACCGGCUUCGCUCGAUUCGAUGUUAUGGUGGAUCAAUCGACACAAAGACGAGUUAUUUGUUAACAAAAAAUUCACUUUCGACUUUUUAGCUUGGCGUGGGACAUUACGUAAAAUUAUGUCUUCACUAUUCGAUUCAAUCGUGGACUGGCGUAUCGGGGUGAUUCGCUGGAACGGUUGUCAUUUCAUGGUGGUCUUUCAUACUGAAACCGAAUUGAAAAUCGAAGCUGAACAAACGCCAAGCGAGAAGCGUAUGCAAUACUGGGGACAUAAAUUCGAAGAUUAUAUCACAUCGGAGAAUCCGCCGAUAAUUCCAUCACCCUCAAAGAUCUUUUGCACGAUGAAUAAAGCUGCACUUGGCCGUCACAGUUUACUCUACAGUUGUGAAAUCGAUGCUUGCACAUCAAAUUCCACGUUUGAUGGAGAGAAAAAGCAACAAGGUGUUUACGUGGAAAUCAAAGUAGCUCAUGCCAAGCAUCUACUUGAUUUAAAUACUGCUUCUUCUCGAAAAUAUGCAAAAUGGUGGCAACAGUGUUAUCUAGCUGGUAUAAAUCACAUGUUACUUGGCUUUCGAAAUGACUAUGGGAUCAUUGAAUCUCUACAACCACUUGGCGUUAAAGACAUCGAAAUCCGAGCAAAAACAUGGAGUGCAAGUGCAUUUCUUUCAUUUCUGGAUGAAUUUUGUUCAUUCGUUCAACGAACAAUUACAGAAGAUUGGUCAUACGAAAACAGAGCUGUUUACCUGUUUUAUUAUUCUCCAAAAGAGAAAAAGAUCAAAUGGCGUCUUUCAAACGAAGAACAAUACCAAUUUCUUCCUGAUUGGUUUAUUAAAGAUUUUUCAUAA